AUGCAGGUCUGCCGUUUGCUUCCUGAAGAAAACGCAACAGCUACAACACUUAUAUAUGUGUGUUUACCUGCAGGGAAGAUACCAAGAAGAGGCAAGACUAAGAACAACUCAGGCAAGAGAAGGAAAGCCCAAAAAGUUGCCAGGAAUUCCCCAUCCAAAGAAGAAGCCAUCGAUAAAACAAACAAAGGUAAUCAAGCUGAAGAUAAGUUGGUCAACUCCAGGGCUUCUACCUUCUCAUCAGCCAAGACCACUGCUAAGAAAAACAACCAAUCAAAAGGGAGAAUGAGGACUAGAAGACGACGACACGGGAAGACGAGACAAAAACCGGUGUUAGAUGAAGCUGACAGACAAACUACCUCAGAUGAUGUAAAGCGAGAUCCUUCGGAUGCCUUGGGGGAUUCAUAUACCUCAUCAGGAAAACCUGGGAAAAUACGAAGCAAAGGCAAGACUAAGAAAAGAUCAGGAAAGACAAGAAAAGGCCAAAAACUUGCCAAGAAAUCCCCAUCCGAAGAAGAAGCCAUCAAUAAAACAAACAAAGGUGAUCAAGCUGAAGAUAAAUUCGUCAACUCGAGGGAUUCCACCGUCUCCUCAUCAGCCAAUACCACUGCUCAGAGAAACAACCAAUCAAAAGGGAGAAAGAAGACAAGGAAACAAACAAUUGCUGAUAAGAAACCAUCUGGUGAAGAGAAAAAAGAAUCCCAAAUCCAGCUGUUUGUGAUUAGUUCUUUGAGAUCACCUGUAUGCCUGCAACUACAUCCGUCCACUACUAUCUCAGCAUUGAAAGGAUUACUACAAGACAAACUGGGGAUUGAACCAAAGAAACAACGUCUAUAUACAAGGAAAAACCAUGAGCUCAAGGGUAGAAUGUCGCUCAAAGAACUUGGAAUUCAGCAAGACACCAACAUAGAGCUACGCUUAGUGUCUGGGUUGAUGGGCGGAGCUGAUGAUGAACAGAAAUCGGCAGGUGAUUCACGAGAAAGGACUGACAAUGAUUCAGGGAGGAGACAAAAAGGAAAAAGAAAAGCCACCAAGAGAAGGACAAGCCGUGGCCAUGAAGAAAGCGUGGAUAACUCGAAGGACUCUUCCAUCUCCUCAGCAGUUAAGGCAGCCGCUGGUAACCCAUCAGGGGAAACACCAGAAGAGAAACUAGAACAGCCAACGAAGGACAUUUCCAGGAGAAGACAAAAGGCAAAGAGAAAAACUCCUAAGACAGGGACACACCUUAACAGUGAGGAAAAUGUGGAUUACUCGGAGGACUGUUCCAUCUCCUCAGCAGUUAAGGCAACCGCUUGCAACCCAUCAGGGGAAACACCGGGACAACAACUAGAACAGCCAAGGAAAGACAAUUCGAGGAGAAGAGAAAAGGAAAAAGGAAAAGCUCCCAAGACAGGGACACACCUUGGUGGUGAGGAAAAUGGGGAUGACUCGGAGGACUCUUCCAUCUCCUCAGCUGUUAAGGCAACCGCUGGCGACCCAUCAGGGGAAACACAAGAACAAAAAAUAGAUCAGCCAAGGAAAGACAAUGAUUCAGCGAGGAAACAAAAGGAAAAAAGAAAAGGUAACCAGAGAAGGACAAGCCGUACCGGUGAAGUAACCGUGGAUGACUCGGAGGACUGUUCCAUAUGCUCAGCGGUUAAUACUCCCGCUGGUCAACCGUCAGAAGAAACACAAGAACAAAAACUGGAACAGCCAAGGAAAGACGAUGAUUCAGAGAGGAGACAAAAGGAAAAAGGGAAAGCUACCAAAACAGGAACAAGCAGUGGGGUUAAAGAAAAUUCUGAUAACUCAGAGGAUUCUUCCAUCGCGUCAGCAGUUAAGGCAUCCUCUGUUCAACAGUCAGGGGAAACACAAGUUCAACAGAAACCAGAACAGCCAAGGAAAGACAGAACUUCUUUGAGGAUACAGAAGGGAAAAGGAAAAGCUGCUCAGACAAAAACAAGCCUUGGCUGUGAAAAAAACGUGAAAAACUCAGGGGAUUCUACAAUCUCCUCAGUAGUUAAGGCAGCCGUUGGUCAGCCAUCAGGGGAAACACAAGAGGAGAAACAAGAACAGCCAAGGAAAGACGAUUCUUUGAGGAUAAAAAAGGGAAAAACAAAACCUGCUGAGACAAGGACAAGCCUUGGCGGUGAAGACAACGUGAAAAGCUCGGAGGGUUCCCCCAUCUCCUCAACAGUUAAGGCACCUACUGACCACCCAUCACAGGAAGCACAAGAACAAAGACUACAGCAGCCAAGGAAAGACAACGAGACAGAAACGAGACAGAAGGGAAACAGAAAAACUUCCAAGAGAAGGACAAGUUGUAGUGAUGUAGAAAAUGUGGAUAACUCGGAGGAUUCUUCCAUCUCAGCAGCUACUGCUGCCGUUGGACACCCCUCGGGGGAACAGCCAAGGAAAGACGAUAUUGGGAGGGUGCAAAAGGGAAAAAGAAAAGCUGCCAACAAAUCACCAUCGAAAGCAGAAACCACCAAUAUGAAGAGCCUGGGUGAUACAAAGCAACAUAAAAAAAAUGAUCAUGGGGAUUCCUGCUCGUCGACAGAAGUCCGUACUGACGCUUGCACCUCGUCAAAGAAUGUUGCAGGGACAAGAAAGAAGAUAGAAAGACAAGAGACGGCUGGCAGUGAAGCUGAAGAAUCACAGGAAAAGACUGUUGCAAGUGACAUACAGCAAGUUGACACAGGAAGUUCCCCUGCCUCAACAACAGUCGCUGCCUCAGCAAGCAGCCGAUCAAAAGGAAGGAGAAGGCCAAAAAGAAAACGGAAAAAUGCUCAGAAAAAACAAGCAGACGAUGGAGGAGAUUCUCAGAUCCUCGAUCUUGAUAGACCCCAGCCAGAGGAUCAGAACGUUACAGGUGUGAUGGAAUUGAGCCUGCAGCAAGGAAAGAAAACUGCACUUGAACAACAGACACCAAAACAUAAUGAAGCAGGCAAUCACCAAGAGAUAUCAUCCGAAACACAAGGAGUGGGCCAGGAGGAUUAUGACCCAGACAAACUUAAAGCUGAUCUAGACAGACAUCUGAAAAAUAGACCUCAAAGUUCACAACUACAGACAGUAACAUCACCUGAGCAUCCAUCACUGAGAUGCAAGCAAGAUGAUGGUCUGGACAGACCUCCGCAAUUCAAAAAGCAAGAAGCAAGAAGCCAAAUGGCGAAACAAGAACCCAUCGAACAGAGCUGCCAACAAGGUCUAACAGUACCUGAGAGACAAGCAGUAAAACAGGAGCAGAUUAUUGACACAGAAGGACCUCAGCCAGAGUCAUGGAUCGGAGAGCAGGGCUUCCAGCAAGUAAGAGCAGCAUCACCUGGCCAACUCGGACGUGAGCAGAGUUUUCAUCAAGGGAUAGCAACACAUGAGAACCAGGGAGUUGAGCAGAAGCAAGCAAGUCAUCACGCACAAAUAACUCAGCAAGAUAAGCACAAAGUGGCAGAAAUCAGCAAACAGAACACCCAACAAAGUACGUCGCCUGAGAAUCAGAGAAUGAGACAGGAGCGGGAUGAUGAUCUUUACGGGCCCGACCCAAAUAUACAGUCAACAGUAGCAGAACAGCGCCCUCAAGAAGAGGUGAUGACAUCUGCACAAGAAAAACCUCAACCUGACCGACUUCACAAUGAGAAAUUGUCUCCAGAACAAUUGCAAGUGGUUCGAGAUCUAGUACCUUCAGCGGUUCAGCCAGCAAUGCAGCAUCCAUCUACUCUGUGUACUCAUCAUACAUCUGUUUCCGUUCAACCAACUGUACAAACAGGGGAUGUCAAUGUCCCUGGCAGCUGUAAUCCAGUGUUUUUAGGAUCGUCAUCUGGGCAUACAUUCCAUUACGAAUUCAACCAGAAUGUGACAGUUCAUCAGGGAGCUACUUCAGGAGUAAUGGAAAAUGAUCUGCGCCCCGUACAGCACAGCCAACCUGAGGUAAGCAGCCCAUCAGUACAAACAAGUCAAGGUACCAGUCCAGCCAAUGAUGCAGCAGCAGACGCUGCAGCAGAUCUGUGUGAAGAGGCGCUCAAGAAGGUAUACAAGACCACGGGCAGUUACGUGCAAAUGAUUCCAUGGGUUGGUGAUGACAUGAUGCAUAUAAUGGAUAUAUAUACCAAGUUAAGAUUAGUCACUGAUAAGUUACAAUCUAUAAGGAUGCGGUAUGAAGGUAAGGAGGUGACGUAUGAGGAUGCUUUUCUUGAGGAAAACGAAGAAGGUUUUGUUAUCAACCGACUAAUUUAUGAGGGAAUGGCAGGUCUGGGAAAAACAACCCUGAUUGGGAAAAUUGCUUACGACUGGGCAAGUAGCUUAUCUGGCCUUCUAGCAAAAUAUAAGCUUGUUUUUGUUCUGAGAAUGAGUGCACUGGAACAAACUGCAGAUCUCCUUGACUCUCUAUUUGAACAGCUCAUCGAUCCAAACAUUAUCCAUAAAAAACACCUGAACACCUUUAUUUUUAAGAAUCCUAAAAAGGUGCUUAUUCUUCUGGAUGGCUUUGAUGAGUUGAUGACCACCAAACUUGAUAAUAAAUCAUUUGGAUCCAUCCUGCAAAUCCUAAACCGAAAGGUUGGAGCAGACAUUGAUGUGGUUAUAACAACCCGCACCUCUCAUUUUGACAAAUUGGUCAGCAGCGCACUGGUUAAAACACCUUUUACCCAUGUACAGGUUUUGGGGUUCGCUGAGGAAGAUGUUCAAGAUUACUUAAGAAAGUUUUUCUCUAAAAGUAAAAGCCCUCGUGAUGCUGACUCUCUUUUCCAAAGCAUUCAAUCAUCUGCUGUCCUACUUGAUUUAGCACGUAGUCCAAUGUUGAUUCUAUUAAUGUGUUUAUUAUGGAGAGAAGAUUCCACACUACCAGACACAAUAUCACGCUUAUAUGGCAAGGCUCUUCGAUACAUAUUCAAGAGAAAAGGCAUACCGGAGGAGAAAAUGCCAGAGAUCCUUGUUGCAAUUGGAAAGGUUGCUUUCUAUGGCCUAAUUUCUCCAGUGCAGCGGCUUUCAUUUCAAGACAGAGAGUUUGACAACAGCGUGCUUGAUAUAGCUUUGAAGGCUGGCAUCCUUACAAGCCAAAGGGGCUUAAAAGGUUUGGAAACUCAUAACAACAUACAAUUUAUCCACAAAACAAUUCAGGAAUUCUGUACUGCUGUUUACCUGCAAAGCUUACAAAAAUCAGACACUGAUGAAUUUCAAAAGCAUCUUGAUAAACUUGAUGACAUAAAGAGGUUUCACUAUCUGCUUCGCUUUUGUUGUGGUGACAAUGAGGCAUGCACUAUUCAAGUCUUGCAGAUGUUGCAAAAGAGGAUCAAUUCCGAGAGUAUGUACAUGUAUAUGAAAACUACAGCAUUAAACAUGGGAUUGAAUUGUUACUUUGAGAGUCAGGCAGAAAAUUUGUUAUCAGAGGCAUUCACACAUUCAGUCAUAACUAAAAUAAUAAACACGGAUUAUCUCGAAAGCCGUGAUGAUGUGAACUCCUUUGUGUGGUUUCUCAAACAUGUUGCUAACCAAACAAAGUACACAGGCAAUAUGUACCUUGACAAAGUCGAGGAAUUACGGUUCAGUCACCAUAGCUUGGAAAAGUGUAGUAAAGACCUGGCAGUGGCCAUGAGUAGCAUGCCUAAUAUUUCUGUUGUUAGAAUGCAGAGAUGCUCUUUAACCAACAACGGUAUGACAGACAUUGCAUCAUCGUUGGCCAAGGCUGACAAGUUGUCUGAACUGGACCUUUCAUACAAUGGAGCUUUAAAUGGUUCAUUGCAUUCUUGGAUGCCGCAGUUAAUAAAGAAGACACAUCUACAGAUAUUAAUGCUAGAUGACUGUUGUCUGACGGCUGGUGACAUAAAGCAAAUUGCCGCCUUAGUUGGCUGUAUGCCAACGCUUGUCCACUGCACUGUCAAGGGUGUGUUUCAAUUAUUACCAUGUAGUACAGGUUUGAAGAUGGAACUCUUGAAUCCGAUGUUCUCUGGUUCUGACGUGGCAGAUAUUGUGAAGGCUGUGGGUAGCCGGAAUGACAUAGUUAAAGUGGUUGUUGAAGGUGCGAAAGGGCUUGGUAGUACAGCAGCUGUAUGGGCACCUGCAUUAAGAGAACUGAAACGUCUGGAACACUUAAAGUUAAACAACUGCUCAUUAAAAAGUACAGAUAUUGAACACAUUGUUGCAUCACUGAGUAGCACUACCAAUUUGGUUAAAUUGGAUGUGUCACGGAAUCCCCUGGCUGGUUCAGGUGUGUCAUUGUCUAAGUUACUGCAGCUGACACAACUUAAGAAGCUGAUCAUAGAUCAUUGUGUUCUAAACGUAGAGGAUGUGAAAUGGAUUGCUUUUCUAGUCGGCUGUUUACCAAAGCUUAUCCAUUGUACUGUUGAUGAUGUGUUUCAAGUCUCAACAUGUGAUACAGGUUUGAAGGUACAACUCUUGAAUCAGAUAUUCACUGAUACUGACGUAGCAGAUAUUGUGCAGGCCAUAGGUAGCAGGAGUGACAUAGUCAAUGUGUACAUUGUUCAUGUUCAAGGACUUGGCGGUACAGCAGCUGAGUGGUCACCUGCAUUACAAGAACUGAAAUGUCUGGAACGAAUAGACUUUAAAAACUGCUCAUUGAGAGGCAAAGACAUUGAACACAUUGCUGCAUCACUGAGUACCAAUCUGGUUCAUUUGCAUGUGUCUGGGAAUCCCCUGGCUGGCUCAGGUGUGUCAUUGUCCAAGUUAAAGCAGCUGACACAACUGAAGAUACUGAAACUAUAUGACUGUGGCUUAGAAGUGGAGGAUGUGAUAUGUAUUGCUGCUGUAGUUGGCUGUUUGCCGAGGCUUAUCCAUUGUACUAUUGAUCAUGUUUUUGGAGUCUCACCAUGUGGUACAGGUUUGAAGGUAGAACUCUUGGGUCAGACAUUCACUAGUACUGACGUAGCAGAUAUUGUGCAGGCCAUGGGUAGCAGGAGUGACAUAGUCGAAGUGGCCAUUGCUUGUAUUCAAGGACUUGGCGGUACAGCAGCUGAGUGGUCACCUGCAUUACAAGAACUGAAAUGUCUGGAACGAUUAGACUUUAAAAACUGCUCAUUGAGAGGCAAAGACAUUGAACACAUUGCUGCAUCACUGAGUGCCAAUCUGGUUCAUAUGCAUGUGUCUCGGAAUCCCCUUGCCGGCUCAGGUGUGUCAUUGUCCAAGUUAAAGCAGCUGACACAACUGAAGAUACUGACACUAGAUGACUGUGGCUUAGAGGUGGAGGAUGUGAUAAGUAUUGCUACUGUAGUUGGCUGUUUGCCGAGGCUUAUCCAUUGUACUAUUGAUCAUGUUUUUGGAGUCUCACCAUGUGGUACAGGUUUGAAGGUAGAACUCUUGGGUCAGACAUUCACUGGUGCUGACGUAGCAGAUAUUGUGCAGGCCAUGGGUAGCAGGAGUGACAUAGUCGAAGUGUACAUUGUUCGUGUUCAAGGACUUGGCGGUACAGCAGCUGAGUGGUCACCUGCAUUACAAGAACUGAAAUGUCUGGAACGAAUAGACUUUAAAAGCUGCUCAUUGAGAGGCAAAGACAUUGAACACAUUGCUGCAUCACUGAGUACCAAUCUGGUUCGUUUGCAUGUGUCUGGGAAUCCCCUGGCUGGCUCAGGUGUAUCAUUGUCCAAGUUAAAACAGCUGACAGAACUGAAGAUACUGACACUAGAUGACUGUGGCUUAGAAGUGGAGGAUGUGAUAUGUAUUGGUGCUGUAGUUGGCUGUUUGCAGAAGCUUAUCCAUUGUACUGUUGAUAAUGUGUUUCAAGUCUCACCAUGUGAUGCAGGUUUAGAGGUAAAACUCUUGAAUCAGACAUCCACUGGUACUGACGUAGCAGAUAUUGUGCAGGCCAUAGGUAGCAGGAGUGACAUAGUCGAAGUGUACAUUGUGCGUGUUCAAGGACUUGGCGGUACAGCAGCUGAGUGGUCACCUGCAUUACAAGAACUGAAAUGUCUGGAACGAUUACACUUUGAAAACUGCUCAUUGAGAGGCACAGACAUUGAACAUAUUGCUGCAUCACUGAGUACCAGUCUGGUUCAUUUGCAUGUGUAUCGGAAUCCCCUGGCUGGCUCAGGUGUGUCAUUAUCCAAGUUAAAGCAGCUGACACAACUGGAGACACUGACACUAGAUGACUGUGGCUUAGAAGUGGAGGGUGUGAUAAGUAUUGCUACUGUAUUUGGCUGUUUGCCAAAGCUUGGGUAUUGCCGUCUAAUUAGUUGUUUUAAUGGAUUUAAUGAUUUAUUAUGGUUUGAAGUAGUUCCGUGUAAAAUAGGUAUUGGCAUACGACUGCAUCUCUCGUCAAGUAAAUUUCGAGGUCCUCAUGUGGCAAAUAUUGUAAGAGCAAUAGGAUGUAGACGUGACUUGGUUGACGUGACAAUUGAAUAUAUUAAAAACUUUGGUGGCAAAGCAGCUGAAUGGUCACCUGCAUUGCAGGUAUUGGAACAUCUGAAGCGAUUCCGCAUAAGCAGCAGUUCAUUAAUAGAUGAAGAUAUUAAACACAUUGCUGCAUCACUUGGUGACAUACAAACUCUGGUUGAACUUGAUCUGUCUGGAAAUGAAUCCCUGGCGGGCUCGGGUGCAUGGUCUCACCUAAAGUGCCUGAAACAACUGAAAAAGCUGGUCUUAAGUGAUUGUCGGUUGAGUGAUGCAGACAUUGGACCCAUCGCUGCAUCACUUAGUGACAUAUCAACUGUGGUUGAACUGGAUCUGUCUGUAAAUGUAAUGCUGGCUGGCUCGGGUGCAUGGUCUCACCUAAAGUGUCUGAAACAACUCAAAAAGCUGGUCUUAGGGUGGUGCUCAUUGAGUGAUGCAGACAUUGAACUCAUCGCUGACAUACCAACUCUGGUUGAACUGGAUCUGUCUGGAAAUGUAUCCCUGGCCGGUACAAGUGCAUGGUCUCAUCUAAAGUGCCUGAAACAACUGACAAAGCUGGUCUUAAACAUGUGUUGGUUGAGUGAAGCAGACAUUGAACUCAUCGCUGCAUCACUAAGUGACAAACUGGUUGAACUGGAUCUAUCUGGAUAUCAAAUCCUGGCUGACUCGGAUGCAUUUUCUGACUUAAAGUGCCUGAAAAAACUGAAAAAGCUGCACUUGGAGUAUGAUUCAUUGAGUGAUGCAGACUUGGAACGCAUCGGUGCAUCAUUAAGCUGUGAAUUUCUGUAGUCUAGUCCACCACGUGCGGGUCCGAAUUCGAGUACGAGUCCGAAACCGAGCUCGGAUUCUGAGUUCGAGUCGGAAAAUCCGAGUCCUAGACCUCCUAGUCCGAGUCCGAGUGCAGUCCGUUAAUUAAUACGCAGCUACAUCAAAUGUUAUCAUACAAGAGGGCACAAACAGAGCUAAGUAAACAUAAUGGGGCUUAAAGGACGAGGGGAAGGGAUUUUCAAAAGAAGGAGAUAUUGUUUGUCCGUUUUUCUUAUUCAUUUAGGAUUUGCCUUCUAAAGGCCCUGCUUUUGAAGAUGUACUGGUGUUCUUUAAACCUUUAUUUCGAGUUUCACAAUAGUUUCCUCAAAUGCUGGUUUCUGUGUAGCAUACUAAGUUUUUAACGUAUGAAUGAAACAUCUUAAGUUUCCACUAA